AUAAAUGAAUGCCCACACAUCACAUGACACACCAUAUCAGUCAUUGAAUUAAGAAACCAAUCCUCACAGUAAGGACUUCACCAAUGGCCGAGCCAAAAAACCACAAGAACCUGCUCUCUACCCUGGGACUGAUGAGCAUAUUAUUCUCCAUCCCCAUCGUGCUCUCCGUGAUCCUCUACCGCUCCGACGACUUCGACCCGGUGCCGCUCCCCGGGGGCGACUACUUCUACUCGUUGCCCUCCGUCGCCGUGCCGGAGCACCGCGACCAAAUCCUCCGAGACAGCGAGCGUGUGGGAGAAGGGCUAUUGCCCGGGCCCGAGGAUUUGGCCUACGAUGCCGAGAACGGGCUUGUUUACACCGGCUGCUUGGAUGGUUGGAUCAGGAGAGUUUGGUUGGCAGGUAAAGAUGAGCUCAAGGUGGAGGAUUGGGUUCACAUCGGCGGCCGCCCGCUUGGCCUCGCGUUUGCGCCUGACCGCAGUCUCGUCGUUGCCGACGCUCACAAGGGUCUACUAAGGGUGAAACCUGAUGGGAAUGUAGAGCUGUUGACUGAUGAGGCUGAGGGACUAAAAUUCGGCUUAACCGACGGUGUCGAUGUUGCCUCAGAUGGACUGAUCUACUUCACUGAUGCGUCGUACAAAUAUAGCCUGGAGAUGCACAUGAUGGACAUCCUCAGCGGCCGGCCCCAUGGGCGGUUGAUCAGCUUCGACCCGUCCACCAAUCGGACGGUCGUGCUCGUGCGCGAUCUCUACUUUGCAAAUGGUGUUGCACUCUCGCCUGAUCAAAAGUCCCUAAUCUUCUGCGAGAGUGUUUUAAGAAGAUGCAGAAGAUAUUACAUUCACGGUGAAAAAAAGGGCACAAUCGAUGAUUUUAUUGAGAAUUUGCCUGGAUUUCCAGAUAACAUUCACAACGAUGGUGAAGGCCGCUAUUGGAUCGGACUAUCAGCGGGAAGGACUCUUAUAAUGGAUACACUGUUUAAGUAUCCAAUCCUGCGAAAAUUUGUAGUCAGUCUAGAGAAGUUUGUGGCAGUUCCACUCAAUCUGAAGGACUCUGGAGUUCUGAGUGUGAGUUUGGAGGGGCAGCUACUCUCUCUAUAUUCAGAUCCUGGAUUAGUUCUUGCUACCAGUGGGCUCAAAAUCGGAAAGCACCUAUAUUAUGGCUCACUCCACAAGUCCUAUAUUAGUAGAAUUGAUCUCACCCGAUCGGGAGCGAGUUCUAAUUGAAUCCUUCUCGCCGGCGGAAGUAAGAUUAGUGUCGAGGAAUAAUAUUGUUGCAUGCUUCAUGGCUCUGGUCUUGGUAGUGUCAAGUUUGAAGCCUAAAGAAAACAAGUAGUGUUAUUAUUUGAUGAAUUGACGAUCUUGAGUUUCACAGUACAUACAAGCUGGUUGGUCAAUAAAUCUCUUCACCUGUUUGAUCUCUAAA